CACAGUCGAUUUCGUUUCGCUAAAGGACGUGGACCUUUAAAAAUAAAAGUAAAAUGAAGACCGUUUUGAUAUUGCUCGGUGUGGUGGCGACCGCGUAUUCUGGGCCUAUAGCUCAGGAGGAUUCGGUUAUGCGUUUGGUUGCUAGCAAUUUUGUGAACUGUAUGAGCAGUGAUUUGAACUUGUGCCUGAAGGAACACGCAUGGAAGGCAGCCGAAAGAUUAGGCACAGUUCGCAAACUGAACAUCAUUGACGGUCUUACAAUUUACAACAACGGUCCACGGGAGUCCAGGAGCUUGGAGGCGUUAUCUACUGAACCUGAGAUCAGAAACAAGCAACUGACUGAAAGACUUUGGGAAAGCACCACAGAUUUGCUGCAGAAGAGUGACCUAGAGGUCAGCUUUGCUGGAAGCGACGAUGAGGAAGAAGAAUCCAGGUCUAUUGAUGGUGCCGAAGAAGGCCGUGGCAAGAAGAAGAAGCAGCUCAAGAAGAAGCUCAAGCUCCUCAUUCCCUUAGCUAUCUUGGCUAAAGUGAAGGCUGUCGCUCUGGUUGUCCUCGCCUUAUUGGUCAUCGCUGCAUCUCUCUUCAAGCUGGCUGUGCUCGCCAAGAUCGCUUUCAUCGCCAAGGUCAUUGCUAUCGUCAAGGCCCUCAUCCUUGCCAAGAAGCAUGCAAGCCAAGAGGAGCACACAUGGGUCGCUCAUGAGGAGCACCCUCCAGUUUCUCACGGUGGAUGGGAGCAAGGCUGGUCCAGGUCCCGGAAUGAGGCCAACAACCUGGCCUACUCCGCGUACCAGCAGUAAUCUACCAAAUAGUUUGAGUUAAGACGUAUGACUGGUAAUUUAUUUGUAUGCGUGUGAUUCCGAUUCCAUUGAUGUUUCUCGUUUGAUUUUUCUUUGCGAAUUUUUUGUUGUUUCUUGAAUCGUAUUUGUGAUAUAUUCUUUUAUUUUAUAUAUUAUUUCUUUUUGUAUGUAUUUUUAUGCUAUGUAUUGUUUUG